GUGAUUAUUGGUUAUUGAUUUAUGAUGCUCAUCCUCCCUGUCAGUCAUCACCAUCCUCCUCUUCCUCCUCUUCCUCCUCUUCCUCCUCUCCGUCAUCCACUCCAUCAACAAAAUGGCUGUCGGAGAGGUCUCCUCUGCGCAUGCUCAGCGCACCUCUGCCAGGGAGGGCAGGGCAGGUAUCUCUCCGCCGCCGGCAGACUGACACACACUCCCGGUUCGGCUCUCAGUCCAGCAUGAGGCGGCAGGAGGCGCGAGGAGACACCGACUGAUCAGAGCCCCGCAGCCCCGCCGCUCUCCGCCCGAACCCGGACCCCGUCUGGAGGCUCCGCGCUGAGCUCCGACCGGACACUUUGACAGGAGUUUACCGGCUGCAGGGGAACCGACAGCGGCCAGAGAGAGAGACACCGCCCCGGACACAGGUGAGGGGGAACUUCAGCCGCUUCCAGGUGCGACGAUCCGGAUUUGCGCGCGGCUUUUACGCACAGGAGGACUCUUGGGGAGAGUUAUGGGUCUCCGGGGGAAGCUGGGAAUCUGAGCUCCCCGAGUCCGAGGAACUGGACUAACUGGACGCCGAUUUGUUCAAAUCUUCCCCAUCUUCCUCCCGCGCUGCCCCCCAGGUGCUCACAAUGUUCCAGCACAGCAAUAACAAGAAAUGCUUCACCAUCGAGUCUCUGGUCGGGAAGGAGGCGCUCAGCCACAGCGGCGGCUCUGGGGAUGAGCCCAUCCGGCCCACGGCGCUCCGGUUCCCGGAGUCCCUGCACCCCGCCGCCGCCGCCGGGGUCUUCGGCUCCUGCUUCCAGGGGAGCAGUGGGAGGACUUUGUACUCGGCGGGGCCGGACUUGGUGCUCCAAGAGCCCGGGCCGCACAGCCAGAGCCCCGGUGGGCUGCCGCUGCACCCGCUGCAAUCCCCCCCGCAGAGCUUCUUCAGCCCGCAGCACCGGGACGCGCUCAGCUUCUACCCCUGGGUGCUCCGGAGCCGGUACCUGGGACACCGCUUCCAAGGGGAGGACAGCAGUCCGGAGAACCUGCUGCUUCACGGUCCGUUCUCCAGGAAACCCAAACGGAUCCGGACGGCGUUCUCACCGUCUCAGCUGCUGCGACUGGAGCGAGCCUUCGAGAAGAAUCACUACGUGGUCGGAGCCGAGAGGAAGCAGCUGGCCAGCGGGUUGUGUCUGACCGAGACGCAGGUGAAGGUGUGGUUUCAGAACCGCAGGACGAAGCACAAGCGUCAGAAGUUGGAGGAAGAGUCUCCUGAAGCUCAGCAGAAGAGGAAGGGCAGCCAGCACGUGAACCGCUGGAGAGCCGCCACACAGCAGCCGGGAGGAGAGGACGUGGACGUCAUCAGCGACGACUAGACUGCAGCACGCACACACACACACACACACACACACACACACACACACACACACACACACACAGUCUCACUGUCAGCAUCUAAAUAACUUUAAAGGUGUGUUCAGGUGCACAGGGAUCUGGAAAAAAACACAUUUACAAAAAUGUUCAAUAGGUUGAAAAAUAUUUUGGAGUGAAAAGAAUUCACCCUUUUGAGGUGAUAAUCUUUUUUGUUUAACUUAGAUAAAUGAUCAUGAUCAUCUUUCAGGGCUUUCAGAGGUUGAAAAUUGAAACUUAAAAAGUAAAAUUUUCAAAUAUUUUAAACUUAGAAAAAGUUAAAAGUUUAAAACAUUUCACUUGCCUUUCAGGGCUUCCGUAUGUGAACAGGAUGAGCUAAUGUGGCUAAUGACGACCAAAACAAACUGGUUCUCACCUGGAACCAAAAAACAGCAGGUUAACCUGGAUUUCAAUGGUUCCAGGACCGGUUCAAGAACCAGAGAUAAUUUGGUGGAAAAACACAACAAAAUUUUGCAGGAAAUCUUUGAUAUUAAAAACAGCAAAUAUCUGCUGUAAAUAAAUAAUAAUAAAUGAUAAAUAAAAAGAUUAAAAUGUGACUGUGGAGGAGGAAGAGCGCUGAAUCCCCUGAACGCACCAUCCAAAGGAAAACAAAAGUGCACAAGAGGCAGACAUUGAACGCACCAUGAAGCAACUUUAGAUGUGACGCAGUGAAAAGAAAAGAAAUAUGAGCCGUAAUAAAGAUUUUAGAGCCUUCAGAUUCAUUAAAUGUUGCAGCAGUCGGCCCAAAAACAACAGAAAAUACUUUAAAGACUUAAAGUUUGUAAGUAGUUUACUUACUGAAAGCGGCGGCCCCUGUGGAUAAAAGCGGUAGUGCUUCUACCUCCACACAUUAAUAAUUAAUAUUUAGAAAUAUAAAAUAUAUUAUCUGUGUAUGUCGCUCAUUAAGAGGCUUCAGUAUUAAAUUUAUUCUGUUUAUAACCAUAAAAACUCUUUGUGGUACAUUUAGUCUAAUUCAUUAAUCGAAUAUGGCUGCCUUUCUGCCUACAUUUCAAAAUAAAAGUAUGAUGUUGGAACUUUGUGUGAUGACGGUGCGUUCAAGCUCAAACUCAUUUGUUAAGCCGCUUGCCGACAGAUUGUCUGGUUAAUGACGAAGCGCCGGCAUUUCGUCUUCUCUGAUUUCAACACGAUUCACUCAGAUUGAAAAUAAAACUUGUGACUCACUUAAAACGAGUAACAUGAUGCAGACAGAGUCAGGUGGAGGUGUUUUCAUGUUCAGGCAGAACUUUAAUUAUUCGGCAGGUUCCUCUAAGUGGUCGCAUCAAUCUGCCAAAACACAGAAAUCUUCCUCUGGUCUUCCUUUACGGCUCAGGUUUCUUUAGUUUGGUUCCUGUUGCUAAAAAUAUGAACUUCUAAGAACAAAACUCAACAUUUUAUUGGAUAUUUAUUCUAAUCUGAAUCUUCUGUUGCUGCAGAGAUUUACACACACUGACACACACACACACACACAGAGCUCACCUUUCCGAGGACUGAUGGAUGUCCCUGAAGGCAUCGGCCGCUCAUGCAAACAGCAGGAAACUCACCUGUUGACCUGUCGGAGAUAAUAAACAGCUACGAGGGAGGAGCUUAAAGAAACUGUCACUUCCUGUCGGAGUUGGACUGACGGCGAGAUUCGACGCUUCAGAGAGGAAAAAAAAAACCAAGAAUCUAACGAACAGGAGUCCGAACGUGGUCACAGCUGUUGACUGAACGGUUAAAGAUGGUGGAUUUUGGUGCCAAACGAAACCAGCGUCCUGAAAAAAGAGACGGUUUAAAGCGAGAAGCUGCUCUGCUGAAGGUUUGCGAGCGUCUGUUGGCGACAGACGGCGGGCGGCUCGCAGGAAAUCUGCCCGACUCAACAACAUGUCUGAAAGACAGAAAAUAAGGUUCCUCCAGCAGAGAGAAACAGAAACUUUCUCCUUAAAGCAUCCGGCUGUGAUGUUCUUUACAUUCCAGACUCCAUUAACAUUUCAGGGGAUUUCAGCGGCUCUUUGUACGAGACUGUUGAGACUUUCAGUGAACAGAUUCUGUCAAACAGUUUCUUUCUGGAGUCAUCAGAGUGAAAUUAAUCAGAUAAAUCAGGUUUUAAACUCAGAAACAAACAUUUGAGUUUAACGUUGACACCAAACACGCAGCUUUAACUCUGAGCUGAGAAUGAUCAGACAAUCGAACACAGUUUGGUUUGGAUUCCUGUGAUCACAGCAGCGUUUCAGUUACUGUAAAGGAAUCAGACUGUGAAUGCAAACACACACAUACACCAUUGAGCGUAUCGAUUGAACUUUAACAGACGUCUGAAAGAUCUUAUCUUAGAGUUACUGUCGAAGCUAAAACAGGUUAUGAAGCUGCUCGUUAACAAACUGUCCCGUUAGUGACCGACUCAUGUUCUGAACCUCGGCCAACUUCCUCCUUUCCUGUACUUAGAGAUGCUACAUGCUAGGCUAAUCUAUGUUGAAUUGUCUAUCAAUCGUUAGCUAUCGCGUGUAGCUAGCUGGCUAGCAAUUCAUUUUGAUGGGCUAGCUCGUGUUUUGCUACAGAGCAGAUUAGCUUAGCAUGUAGCAUAUCUAAGUACAGGAAAGGAGGAAGUUGACCGAGGUUCUGAACUGUGAUUGGAGCACAGAGUGAAAAGGGGCGGGGCUUAGGACAGUUGAAUCUGAACACAAGUUUUAACUCAUUUAGCCGAUAGCAUCCUGGCAAAGCAUCAUGGGAAUUAUAGUUUAUAUUUAAUCUUGAACUGUGGCUACAUGGACGCUGUUAGCGUUUUAUAUUCAUUUGACUUUAACGUCGUUCACAGAAUAAAUAGUUUAUCACUGCUGUUCUCGGGCUUCAUUUGAAAAGCAUUCUGGGAAGUGUAGGAAAAGAACGAGUCAAUGUGGAACAUCACAAACUGAUGAUAUUUAAGAGUUUAUAGAUUUAAAGUGAAACUCUUCCUGCUGGAGGAACCUGAGAUCUUCUUUCUGCCCCGAAUGGAAAACAGCUGUUUAAUAAUAAUAAUAAUAAUAAUCUCAUUAACUCAAACCAACAAGGUGUUCAUCUGUCGCUCAGCUCAGAGCCGAUUCGUUUGGGGACUAUUUUCAGCGGCGGAUUGAUCCACAUUUGGUGCUCUAGUGCGUAUUCGGGGCAGUGUGUGUGUUCGUGGUAAUGAAGGAACACGUCACCGAGGACACACACACACACAAGACAUUGUUGGUUUGAGUCCAUAUGAAAUAACAGCUCCUGUAUAUUAGGGUUGUUUUUCACCGCCUUGCUCAGCGGCACUGCGGCAGAGCAGCUGAACCCGCAGCAGUUUUCACUCUGCUGGUUGUUUGUUUUUUUUUUGUCUUUUUGGAAACAAAAUGUAGGUAUUUAUGUAAAAAAAUGGAUUUGAAAAAAAGUAUUCUAUGCAUCUGAUGUGUAUAUAAUGAUAAUAAUAAUAAUAACGUGUGGACUGUUUGUUUGUUUGUUUGUUUGUUUGUUUGUUUGUUUCUUUCACUGCAUCCGUUCAUCUGUUUGUUUUCUGCUUCCCGGACAGAUUUACCUCAUCAUCUCCUUAUGUAGCACUUCUUCUUCUUCUUCUUAGUCAGAUCUAUUUUUUCAUCGUUUUAGGAUCGAAUGCACUAACUGUACAACUCGCCUCCUUUCAGGAAGGAGACACGGGACAGAAGCUUUGUACUUCCUGUGUUCAGAUUUGGAAAAAAUAUAAAUAAAAUGAAAUGAAAUCAAA